AAGUCAUCUAUUUUUGAAUUUACGAAGUUUUGUUAGAAAAGUAAGUUAAAAGUUAAAAGUAGAGGAUAAUGGUUUGAGGGUGGAGGAAGAACGCAAACAAUGAAACGUUGUGACCUGUGUGCGUGGUGGCUCCUUGUCCCACUCAACCAAUGAGUGGUCUCCACUUUUCAUCUUAUAUUUACCCAUUUCUCCCAUUGCCCUCUCAUAUCACUAAUCACAUUCUCUCCCUGCAUUAUCUCCAGCCUCUCUUUUUCCUCUGCACAGAAUGGGAAGUACCGGAAGAACUGACUAUGGUGCGUACACUUAUGAGAAUCUUGAGAGAGAGCCUUACUGGCCAUCAGAGAAGCUUAAGAUUUCCAUCACUGGAGCUGGGGGGUUCAUUGCAUCGCACAUAGCUCGGCGCCUCAAGACGGAGGGGCACUACAUUAUUGCUUCUGAUUGGAAGAAAAAUGAGCACAUGACUGAGGACAUGUUCUGUGAUGAAUUCCAUCUUGUUGAUCUCAGGGUCAUGGACAACUGCCUGAAGGUUACGAAGGGGGUUCAUCAUGUUUUCAAUCUUGCUGCAGACAUGGGUGGGAUGGGUUUUAUUCAGUCUAACCACUCUGUCAUUAUGUACAACAACACGAUGAUUAGCUUCAACAUGAUUGAGGCUGCCAGGAUUAACGGCAUUAAGAGGUUUUUUUAUGCCUCUAGUGCUUGCAUCUACCCUGAAUUUAAACAGUUAGAGACUAAUGUGAGCUUGAAGGAGUCUGAUGCAUGGCCAGCUGAGCCGCAAGAUGCAUAUGGGCUAGAGAAGCUUGCAACAGAGGAGUUAUGCAAGCACUAUAACAAGGAUUUUGGAAUUGAGUGCCGCAUUGGGAGGUUUCAUAACAUAUACGGGCCUUUUGGGACAUGGAAAGGUGGAAGGGAGAAGGCUCCUGCUGCUUUUUGUCGUAAGACAAUCACUUCCACUGAUAGAUUUGAGAUGUGGGGAGAUGGAUUACAAACACGAUCAUUUACCUUCAUUGAUGAGUGUGUUGAAGGUGUGCUUAGAUUGACUAAAUCCGACUUCCGAGAGCCAGUAAAUAUUGGAAGUGAUGAGAUGGUCAGCAUGAAUGAGAUGGCUGAGAUUAUUCUUAGCUUUGAGAACAAGAAUAUUCCUAUUCAUCACAUUCCUGGCCCAGAGGGUGUUCGAGGUCGUAAUUCAGACAAUACACUGAUAAAAGAAAAACUUGGCUGGGCUCCAACUAUGAAGUUGAAGGAUGGGCUGAGGAUUACAUACUUCUGGAUUAAGGAGCAGAUCGAGAAGGAGAAGGCUCAAGGUACUGAUAUAUCAGUGUAUGGAUCUUCCAAAGUGGUGCAGACUCAAGCACCAGUUCAACUAGGCUCACUUCGGGCAGCAGAUGGCAAAGAAUGAAGUGGUGAACACGUUGCUGUAGUAGUCACCUAAAUGUUUCAAGUGAAGAGUUAUAUGGCCACUAAAUAGCGGUAUCUGCUUAUUUUUAAUUAGCUGCUAAGGAUUUCUUACGUGUCUGCAGGUUGUUCAUGUCUGGAACGGGAGCCUCGAUGUUCCUAAUGUUCAAUAGUCUUUUUAAGGCACUACGUGGUGCCUAAGAAGCUCUAAAUUAUUUGUUUGAUGUUUAAAUCAUUGAUUAAUAAGGGCAUGUAAUUGUUUUUUUCCUGUGUGAAUAUGGUAUCUCCGAAUGUCUCUAUGUAGUGAUUUUUCUAUAAGAUGAUGGAUAGAAAUAUACUCUUAGUACAUUCGUGAA